UAUUAUAGUAUUAGGCGGGGGGCUAUGACCCAACAUGCAGAAUGAGGAAGCGCUAAGUUGCGAAUAAAUCGAGCCCACAGUGAACACGGGUGAAAACGACUCACUCACAGGUCCCGGCUCAUUUACUGUCCAGUCAUGGGAACUUUACCAGACCGUCUGGCGAUACUGUUUCUCCUUUUGUCCACAUUAUCAAACGUCUGCGUUUUCACAGAUUCCAACGUAUGCACAUCACGAGGGGUCACAACAUGUCACCAGUGUCUGGCUGUUCACCCGAGCUGUGCGUGGUGCUCUCAGGAGGACUUUGGGAAAGGUAGAUCUGGCCUUUCUCGCUGUGACCUAAAAGAGAAUCUACUGAAUGAACAGUGCAGCGCGGCGUCACUAGAGUUUCCCUCCAGCACCCUCACUAUUAAGAAGGAUGCGCCUCUCAGUGACAGGGCCUCAGGAACAGCUGAUGAUGUCACUCAGAUCAAGCCUCAAAAAAUCCAUAUGACUCUAAGACCAGGUGAUUCCAAGCGUUUCACUGUGUCUGUGAAGCAGGUGGAGGAUUAUCCUGUGGAUCUUUACUAUCUUAUGGAUCUCUCAUAUUCAAUGAAUGAUGACUUGGCUCGCCUAGUCACCUUGGGCAAUGAGCUUGCUGCAGCCAUGGGUCGAAAAACAAGCAACCUGCGCAUGGGGUUUGGGGCCUUUGUGGACAAGACUACAUCCCCAUACAUGUACACUUUUCCUCAAGAGGCAAUCAAAAACCCUUGCUAUCGGAUUGGCACACAGUGCCAGGCUCAGUUUGGUUUCAAGCAUGUGCUGUCACUGACGGAUAAGGUAGCUCGCUUCUCCGAGGAGGUGAGGAAACAGCAGGUGUCGAGAAACAGGGAUGCUCCAGAGGGUGGAUUUGAUGCUGUCAUGCAGGCGGUGGUGUGCAAGGAAAAGAUCGGCUGGCGUCCAGAUGCCUCGCACCUUCUGGUGUUUACUACUGAUGCCAAAACUCACACUGCUCUGGAUGGACGCAUAGCUGGCAUUGUCCAGCCAAAUGAUGGACUGUGUUACCUUGAUAAUGACAAUCUUUACAACAAAUCUACAGUGCUGGACUAUCCCUCUUUGGCGCUCUUAACAGACAAAAUGUCUGAAAACAACAUCAAUUUAGUUUUUGCUGUGACCAGUUAUGUGGAACCACUUUACAGUGAUUACAGCAAGCUUAUUCCAGGCACAACUGUGGGAACGCUGUCUGAUGACUCUGGGAAUGUUAUUCAGCUCAUUGAGCAGGCAUAUGCGAAAAUUCGUUCUAAAGUGGAGCUGGAGCUGCUGAAUGUCCCAGAGGAGUUAAAUCUCUCCUUCAAUGCCACUUGUCAAAAUGGAGAGGUCAUCCCCGGAAUUAGGUCCUGUUCUGUCCUCAAGAUUGGAGACACAGUGUCAUUCAGUGUUGAGGCUCAGUUGCGGGGCUGCCCUAAGGAGAAGAGUCGCACCUUUACCAUCAAACCUCUAGGCUUCAAAGAUUCCCUGGAGGUAACGGUGGACUUCGCCUGUGGUUGCGACUGUGAGGCAAAGGCAGAAGCCAACAGCCCCCUCUGUAGCAACGGUAACGGGACCUUCGAGUGUGGCAUUUGUCAGUGUCUCCCUGGUCGACUGGGCCCGCAUUGUGAGUGCUCAGUGGAAGACUACAGUACAUCUAAUGAUGACAACUGCAUCCGGGAGUCAGGGGGCCCAAUCUGCAGCGGAAGAGGCGACUGCCUGUGUGGACAGUGCUCAUGUCACACAAAUGUGUUUGGUCAGGUGUGGGGAAAGUACUGUCAGUGUGAUGACUUCAAUUGUCUGCGCUUUAAAGGGGCUCUGUGCUCUGAUCAUGGGACAUGUGACUGCGGCGUGUGCAAAUGUGAUGCUGGCUGGACAGGAGAAAACUGCAACUGCAGCACACGUACAGACACCUGCAUGUCUAGCAUUGGCUUGCUGUGCAGCGGCCGGGGUGUCUGCGAGUGCGGGGUUUGCCAGUGCACUCAGCCGAACGCCUACGGAGCUGCCUGUGAGAAAUGCCCCACCUGCCCUGACUCCUGCACAUUAAAGAAGGAGUGUGUUGAGUGUCUGCACUUCAAGAGAGGACAGUAUAUUAAAGACCAGAACUGCAAUAUAUUCUGCAAAGAUGAAAUUGAUCUAGUGGAUAGAUUGGAGGAAAAAGGCGAAGCGGUGAACUGCUCAUACAAAGAUGAGAACGACUGCGUGCAGCACUUCCAGUAUGAAUAUGAAAGUGGCAAAUCCAUUCUGCAUGUGGUAAAAGAACCAGAGUGCCCACCUGGUGCUGACAUCUUGGUGGUGCUCCUAUCGGUGGCUGGAGCCAUUCUGCUGCUGGGCCUUGUCGGCCUGCUCAUAUGGAAGCUGCUGGUCACCAUCAAAGAUCGUAGAGAGUUUGUCAAGUUUGAGGAGGAGAGAGCCAAAGCCAAAUGGGAUACGGCUAACAAUCCUUUGUAUAAAGGCGCCACCUCCACCUUUACCAAUGUAGCAUACCGGGGAAACUAACAAAUAAAACCAAAGAGGAUAAACUCAGGGGUCAACGACAGAGAUGAAAUGUAGCAGCACAGAAAUGGAUUGGGAAGAACAUCCUUUUCACUGCCAUGUGACUGGCUACUGUAGCUGAAAAAGCAGUUAAUGCUGUCAACAACUUGAUGUAAUGAUGAUGUAAUGUACAUAAUGUAAAAGAAAAGAGAAAAAAAAAGCCUAAAACUGUUGAUGUAAGUCACAGACAGCUGUGCUCUUUGGCAAAUUAUUCUACUUCUACACUGUGUCACUUCUGCUGUAUGCUUAAUAUACUGAAUUUGCAGAGGAAAUCAGCAAGGUUGUCAGUGGUAUUAUUAUGGAACAUUUCUCAUUUUUUGUGGUAUUGUGUCCACCACUGCAGAUAUGGAUGUGUCUGCACACCCAUUACCGCUUCUUUUUUCCCUAACAGUCAGCUGCAGUCGCAGCAGAGAAUCUGUAAGAAUGCAACUCUUUCGAAGCUGCUGCAGCCUGCGUGACGACGUGGUUUACAGCAAUGUCCAUGAUCUAUACUGGAUUUUAAAUACAGAAAUAGCUACUUCAUAAGGCUAUGCCACAAUCUCUUAUCAUUUUCUGCUAUUUUUGUGCUUUUAGGCAUUUUCUAAUGUUCUUUUUUUUUUUGUAAAAGGUGUAGCUUUUAUAUUACUCUGUCGUGCCUUUGCUAUUGUAAAUAUAAAUUAGGUUUGUUUCAAUUUUCUAAUGACCACCCCUGUGCUGCACUGAAAGGCCUUUGAUACAUUUGUAUAUAAACAGACUUUAUUGCACAGCAAAUGAGAUGGCCAUGUGAUAUGAUUUAGUGAACUUGCUUGCUUGUGAGGAACAUUUUGGUUGUAUAUGGGUGCUUUUCUCAGAAUGUUGUGUUCAAGCACGCCUCAGUUUUUUGUUUUGUUUUUUUCACACCUUUUUAAGGUUCCUGUGGUUAGUUUCUGACAAAGGGUGAAGGCAUAAAAAAUAAUAAUUUAUGCGUUGCUUGAUUCCUGGGUUGCUUUCAAAAAAUAUUUUUGCCCUUAUUUAACAAAAUUUAAUUCCUGAUGAAAAUUACAAUAAAUAUCACUCAGCAAGAAGCUAAAUGUUCCAUUUUUUUCCUCCUAACUCUUUCAAAACAAACAGCAAAUUAUUAUUUCAUUAGGCAGGUAUUGAAAGAAAACCAAAUUCCUAUACAAAGAAAAGCGAGAUAUUCCCUUGGUUUUACACAAGGUUUAAAGAAUAAAUUAGUUAUGAUCAGUCUCAUGGGUUCGCUAUAAUGUGUUUGCUUGGAAAAUACAUUGUGAUGCAACUUUUCUGCUAUCAAGUCAGUCAAUACUUCCUGCUGUAUGGCACACAGUUCGUUCACAUUUCUUUGCGUGUAGUUUAUGUCCAAUCUGAUGCACUUGCCUUCACUCUGAAUAUAUCUGUCACCACAAGCUUCCUGUCAUUUACCCAGUACUGCUGAUCACACUUUCUAUGUAUGUAGUAUUACAGUGUUUUAGGUUAAAAUAAAGAUAACAUCACAGCUGAUAUUGCAUUACUUACCAUGGGACUGGCACGAGCAGUACACUAGAUUGUGACCCCCUGACUUUAAGGAUCUUUGUGCCUCUGUUCAGUGUCAAACUAGCUUUUUAGUUACGCCCCUUCCAUUGACAAUAUAAUGUUGGAUUUACUCCUCAGUUUGCAGGUGCCCAUUAAUACUCUAGCUUCCUGAGGGGGGAAGCUAGAGUAUUCUAGCUUAGCUCUAAGUUUGUAAAAUUUAUGGAGGGGCUAAAAUUUUAUGCAGGCUCGGUAUUAUAUGUUCUAUGCUUAUUCCUUGGUAUUUAUAGAUCAGUUGCUCAGGUUGUAUGCUAUUAACUGUCAUGUAGGAUUAGUGAAGCUGUGACAUCAUGAAAGAGGUAGGAUUAAUAGUGAUCCUCAGAUCAAUACAGCUAGGCGUGAUCAAAAUAUUGUUCUGCACACCAUCAAAAUAAAGAGCU